CAUUUCCAUGCCUACUAAGUAUAUUCACCCUAUGAACUUACGAAAUAGUGGAAUGGUCCACUUGCCUUCCUGCGGAAGCGCGGGUGCAUCAAUUCACGGUAAGGAUUGGGCCUGACUUAUUGUUGCUGGCUUUGAUAUAAGUUGGCUCGUUGUAUUCCAGUUCCUCUAUUUUGUGCGCCUUAUUAUGUGUCCAAAAUAGAAAUUCUACAGACUGAUAAAGGGCAUUAAAUGCUAAAAGAUGGCUAUUCCUUAUAAGUUACGCCCUCGAUUGCUCUCCGGCAUUGUCACUCUUUAAGUCUGCCUAACUGAUGAACAAACAAAGAAUUCCGAAAUUUCGAUCCCAAAGCGGGCUUAAUUUCCAUUAACUACAUGUACAGUACUCCGUACAUAGUAGCUUCCUCUUCAGUGUGUCUAGGUACCUGGUAUUGUUAGCCAUUUUCGUCUCUGCACUGUACACAUUGUUUCCCACAUAUUGUAGACUUUUCCCAUUGUUCACACCCAAAGGUGUAUUUGCCCUGCCCUUGAAUCUCAAGCAUCCGUCCUCGUCCCGAAUUCCUCUGCCGCCUAAUGAUUGGAUACAAGCAUCUUGGUGCCUUAGCUAAUUCGACCGUUGAUUUUGUGCCUAACACUAUAGGCCAUUUUCCCUGCUUGUGAUGCACCUUGACCAAACAGGCUUAUUACCCGCACUUCCGGGGUGAAAUGCCACUCUAGCUUCUCCGCUCUGCUGUGUUGACUGGUCUAAUUUGCAGUCAUCCUGGCGACAACUCGCAGUAGCUGCAGGCCUCGCAAUCCAACGGCAGUCGGUUUUGCCAGCGCACCCACAAAGCACUGCGAACGAGGGAAAAACAACAUGAUCGGAAGAAAACCACGAGGAAAGCCGUCGUAGCAGUAUUCUCAAUAAAUCUAUCCGUUAAUCGAGGAGAACCUACUCACAACUGCAUGAACUUGGUGGAUAAUUAUAAUUCGCCCCCCUCACCAUCCUUUAUCAACCGGAUAGCUACUUGUUCCAAAAGCGCCCGGAGACCACAACCUCCCCUCAACAACAACGGUUGCCACCAGCUUCUUGUACGCCCCGAAUUCAUCGCCCAGAUCAUCGUUCAUAUGGGAUUUCCUGCUGCUACAACUAUAGUUACCUUCCCCUCAUAAGCAGACGGGCCAUAUUAAAUUAUUCGUGGCUGGAAAGGACGUAUAAAUUCUACUUUAAGUCGAGUGUCCGCAGAACAUUGUAUCGCCAACCCGAGGACGACUCCAACAGCGAUAACCUGCCACCAUGUUUUCUUGGGGAGGCAACCUAUCGGUACCGUCAAUCAGUAUUGACCCAGAAAAGGAGAGAAACCCUCCGGCUUUGCCAACACCUCUUGAUUUCCCUAACUACUCUCCCGAAUCAAAGUCCAAGCCACUUAAUGGGGGAGGCCGCGAUGACUUCCACAAGCUGCUAUGUGCUAUUAAAAAACCUCAAGAUGUUUCACCCGCACACCUGGAAGCUUUGAAUCUUACUACCGAGUCCAAUGUCCCUAUCUCAGAAAUCAUUCCGUCAGGGGUCUUAAAAACCCUCCCUCCCUACCAAUGGACAGGUCAACCCACAGCAACAGGAGGGCAAGGAACGGACGAGAUGCCCGUUCCGGUUCUAAUGAGCAACGGUUCCCCGUUUCCAAACAAGGAGAGAUAUGACCUUCUAAGGGAGGAAAUCCUCUAUGAUAACGAUGCUGCCGUUCGAGCAGUUUCACGGCUACCUCCUCGACCCCGCCGUGAGAAGAUUAAGCUCACCCAGAGCAGAAAAUUUUGGGCCGGUCUUGACCAAGUAUCCCAAUAUUGGGACACCAGUUUAGAUCAAUACUUUGAACGCCCUGUGACGGAUGAUACCCCCGGGGAGGAGAAUGAGGCCUCGGGUAAAAUGCAGCUCGAUGACCCCCCAAACGCUGAAAAGCAGAGUGGUGCCGUUCAGGACAGCGAAGAGAGCUCCGGAGUCGGAUCUCAGGCCGAGGACAGCGGUAAUGAAGCAUCUCAAACCCCAGGCACAAAAACAAUGUAUCGUGGCCGAAGGAUUGGAACAGGUCGUGAAUGCCCAGAUGAUGUACGUGAGGAAACCCUCCGUGGCUUGAUGGAAAUGGUUGCAUGGGCAUUUGGAUGUCAAGCCAGCAUUCCAAACAUCCCUCCUCGCCUUCAGGUUAAAGGGAUGCUUUUCCCGGUCCGCCAAAAUUUUGUCGUUGCCCGAUCGCCCCAGGAUAGACAAGUUGCAAGAAAGGGGAUACUUGAGGGUCCCAUGGUUUUUGUGCAAUGCAGAAGUGAAACAUUAUUCCAUGACGAGAACGAUCCAGCUGGGAACAGGUAUAUGGAGAUAUGCGACCUUUUACGCGAGACUUCUGCCAUGCUUUUGUUGGCACAAGAGCGAGCUAGAGAAGGCACAGUUGAAACGCGACCUGGAGAUGGAAAAUGGUGGACCACUACGCCGCGAUGGGGCGGAGCAGAUAACCCCGGCCCAGAAGCCGAUAAAGAAAACACCGAUAAAUCCAAGAAAACUAUUUCUGAUGCGGACACCCCAUCAGCAAGUAAAAGAUCUAAAUAUGAUAGAUCCUCACUUCCGUUUAGGCGACAUGGGUCCAGCGGUUCAAAAAAGCUGAGCAUUUCCGAGAGAUGGAAAAUCUUGCAACCUGGUCCGAGUCUGUGGGACAAGAAGAUGAUAUAUAAACAGAUCGGGAAAGACAAAGAUUCUCCUUUUGACGAUAUCUUCAUGGUAUCCUCGAUCAACCACCACUUUUCAAUCGUCCACCUCCGCGUCCACUCCACCUACCUCGAAUGGCUGACAAGCAGUGAAGGCAGCUUGUCCGACCCAUCAAAAGACAUCAGCGAUAACCCGUGGAGCGUUCUUCGGAUGCGUCGAACCAGAUGGUUUGACAUUUUUAACCCCGGUGAUAGGUUAGAAAGUUUGGAGGGCCUUUGGGCCCUUUUCUCUUGGCUUAUGAGAUGAGCAGGGAAAUGAAAAGUCAACCACAACCCUUCUCGGGUUUUAUCAAGAGGAUAAUGAUACCAUCGGAACGGGCUCACUUUUGUCUUUUUCUAUGUUAUGUAGAAAUAAUCCUUGAACCGGGCAAAGCUAUCUGGCGUGUAUACACUUUGGUCUACGAUCGUAACUGGUAUUUCAUACGGGUAUAUAUAUACUAUCACAGAAGCAUAUUUUGGGAGCAAAGGGGGGUACCGACCGACCUGCCGAAAAUAUCUUACGAUUAAUGACAAAAAAAGAAAAUAAGACCGGUAUGGGAACUAGUUUAUCAGGACUUUUGCUGUUUCGUUUUUCAUUUUUUAGUCUUGCUCGCUUCUAAUUUAUUAUUUCCUUCUAUAUUCUCCUUUCCCCUCCUGCAACUUGUUUGUACUGACAUCUAGACGUCUGCCUGUGUUUUUAUUGACUUUAAUCCCUUUGGUUCUUUUCAUCGAGUUUAUUCGUUUCCUCCCAAUGUUUACGACUGCAGUUAUAUUUUAUCCCAUCUACAUAUUAACAAUUUGCAUUGGUUUUGCGACACAUAGUGUAGUAUAACGAAUCAACUUGCAUCUCAUAUGUUCGGCUCUAAUUCACCCGGGUAAACUCGAAUUACCGCUUGUAUAUGCUAGAAGCAAUCUAGUGUGUCGAUACAACAAACACAUUUUCAUAUCCAACACGAUGGCUGCUGAGGGUCAGAUCCUUUAUAUAGUGAUGCUGUAUCAGGGCUGCGAACUUCGUCGGACCGGUCGACAUCCGAGCCGCUGACUUAUCAAAACUGUCAUAUACAGACCUGCUCAUUCGCCCACGGCGCUUCCAGGUCCAUGCAUCCAAACUGCCACUCGUCUACAACUGCGAUCGAGUAAUACCCCUCCUGCAACUUGCCAUCUACCUUCACACCGAAGAGCCACUUAAUAUGCUGCGAAUAUUGCGGAGUUGCCAUGUCCUGGAAGCGUAUGCGACGGCAGCUCUAUUCAAGCAUUCCACCACAGUUUCCAACCACUGCUUUGCUCCGGGUUCGCAUAGCUAACUAGCUAAAAAUGCAGGGCUGGCGCCGAAGUAUACACAUGCCGCGUACUACCUCCAGGCAGUCUGUGCAAGAAGAAGAAGUUAUUAUGAAAACAAGAGGAAUAAAAAGAUAAGCUAGAGACGAUGGUCCAGCAAGUCGACGUGUUUAUUUGCGGGAGUUGUUCUGCAGGGGCCAUACGGCGCCAUCUGACUUGAUCGAUCCGGCAUCUCAUAUAAGAUCCUGGAGCGGGCGCCCUGGGUCAUUGAUGAAUGGCCUCACGGAGGCUUAUCAUAUGAGGGAGAUUGCAUUCUGUCCCGCGGAUCAGGGAGGCAAUGGCCAUGACAUCAAAAGGAACCCACUAUUCUGCUGACAAGGAGAUCAGAGAAGGGAGCAGAAGAGAUAAUUCACGCGAAAUUUGCGCUGGGUGAGCCUUCCCCCUUAUCUUCUAUGUUCGGCCUUGAGGCUCUCUUUUUGUUUUCAUUUAUGUCCAGACGCAUGGACGGGCAGAGACUUGCGACGGAGCUCAUAGUAGUGGUCGCAAAUCCAUGGGGUUUUUAAAAAAAAAUGAUUGAUGUCAACAGCGAUGCGGUAUGGGAGUAAUGGAUGUUUAUCCACAAAACCGACUUGCCUGCAGAUACGCAGAAAAGUCUGUCUUGAACGCCGCCAUGGGAAACUUGAUGAUAGUCCUCCCUCGCGAACGCGGAUCGUUUGCCCAGUUCUAUAUUGGGUUGCCCCAUGGCACGACGGUGAGCAAUUGCCCCGUCUGAGGGCCUGAAAGAGCGAGCAUAUACCAUGGAAAUAGUAGAAGCGCUCUGGUGGUCGACAUACCCCAUCGGACAACGCCAGGUCAGCUUUUCGCUAUCGUUGUCUUCUUGACCGGUGAUGUCUGUCAUUCCCAUUUCUCCAAAAGGUUGGCCACGGAAUGAAUGUUAGCCUACAGCAAGCGUACAACAUUGGCCGGAAGCCGGGAAUUUCUGCUUCAUAUUCUUGUAGACGCGUAAUAGCUGAGGGGCCAGAAUGCCUGCUAAAAAUCUCCAUGUAACGCCAUGAAUGCGAAGUGCCGCCCGGUCCGCGGGGGAAGAAGAACAGACAAUCAAAUACCUCUAACUUGCGCCAACUAGGAGCAAUAUGUAACGAACGUUUGUCAAAACGAUGAGGGAAUAUCUACCAUGAACUUCCAGCCAAUCUUGGAUUUGAAUCCUAUCUCCACCACCCCCUAUUAACAAGUAGGAGGUCCAAAAAGUUUCGGGCACUAGCUGAUAGCAGUUUUGUUGUAGUUAUGCCACCGGGUGGGUGCCGAUUGUCCAGAAUGACACCUCAAUCCUCCAGUAGUUACAGUCACUGGCUUGUAACUGAUAUCUGGAAAGCUACUUAAGAAAUAGAAAAGAGCCACGAUCUGGGCAGCCAGCCAUGGCGCCUGUUCUUUUCAACUGUGCACCUGAAAGGGAACCGAGAAUAUGGAUGAAUAGGGGGGAAAUCUUGAAAUUGCCUGGGGAUUUCGUCAAGCUCCUCAUGGAUGUUUCAAUCCCGUUCUCAUUCUUCCGUAGAACUAGGAUGUAGGGGCCUUAAUUAUUAGUGUACUCGGUACGUUUCUUUAAUCUCGGGAGGUUUUGAAGAAGCCUUUGAUUUCUUUCAAUAAUGGUCGAUGAGUUUAACUACCUUCCAAUCAUAUCUCACUCUUGGGGAACUAUUUCAUCCUUGGAAAAUGUUUCUAAACAAUGAGGGUGACAGCACAUUCUAACAAUAAUAAUAAUACAUCGGUGUCCACUCCAUUAUUGAAUGAAUAUCUUAACUGGAGGUUCCAGACAUUUACUGCGUAUUAUUUCCCGUUCCUCGUAACGGAUUAAAUCAAUCAAGGGAUCAAAAUCAAUCCCAUUUUGGUGGCUGAAAAGGGCCCCCCAUCAUCUUUGUUCCUCCCUCCCUCAACGCCUCCCCGAGAGCUCACCGAUCUCUAUUUCGAGUUGAAACAUGUUAUAACUGGCGGGGGGCAAGGCAGGCGACUAUUUUCCAAUCAAAUAAUAUCUCUCAAGCCCAUCAUCGCCUGCCACCUGAAGACAGGACUGGCCUGAAGAAUAAUAUUAAAUAAUAACCAGCCUGGCUACCCUGUGCGCCAUUCAGCAAAAGCCAUCCAUCCAUCCAUCCAUCCAUCCAGCCAAUGCGAGGCGUGUGCGAGCAGGUCGCCAUCAAAGUUUGCGGGCUGAAAGCUAAGUGGUCCAGGUCUCAAAUGGUGUUUUAACCCAUUCUUGAAAAUCAGGGGGCAAUCAGACCUCUCAUCUGAAAAAUGAUGAAGAUGUUUGUGAUUGGAAAAAAACCAGGUGGAUAAGGUCCUUAAAUACCUCCCUCGAAAGAACUCAUAAAUCUGUCGCCAGAGAAAGCUGUAUACUCCACACGCAACUGGUCAUAUUUCCAAUUUCGCCCUCAGUCCGUCGUUCCCCUCAAAACCCUUUUUCCCCGCCGCCAAUUGUGACCUGAGUGGACGGCGGUAUGGUAUGGCCCAUUAUUGUUUGGUCCAACACAAGGGGGACCAAGGCACACAAGGCACCGGCGAGGAUGUCGAGUAAACAUCACAGCCUGCCCGAAGCCAAUGCCAGGCAGGCUAUUAUCUCACUUCCUUCUCUCUGGUCAACCUGGGAGGGGUUGGAUCUACAGAUUUACAGAUUUACAGAUUUACAGAGGACUCAGCAUUCCACUUAGUUAUUGAAAAGCAAACAUUGGCAUCGGAUGGGGUCUCAGGAUAUCAUUUUUUUCAAUAAUAAUGAGAGACCUUGAUGCUUUUCUGGGGUAACUGUCUGGUUGGUUAUUUUGAAAAGAUGCGGUCAUAAAUGCCCCUCUAGCCACCGCUUCUGAUUGCGAUAGAUGCUUCAUCCCUUACCCCUGCGAUAGGUGAGCAACCCGAGUAUAAAACUUCGAUUCUGCCCAUCCGGUAGUUCUUUGUUAUUUGUACUCAUAUAGUUACUUUUGAUGGAUAUUUACAUUUAUCGGGAUCCUCCCAAGUCA